AUGAAGCAGAAAUUUUGCUUCAGAAAUCGGCCAGCCAGACAAAAACAGACCAUGUGGUUGUUAUUUUUGCAGAAAUACUUCAGUGAUUUUAUCACAACAUGCGAGUUUCCGGUUAUUCAUCAAAUCAAUCCCACAACAUUGGAAACGGAAAAUACUGUGAAAGUAUUAAAAUAUGUCAAAGGUUUAGUCUAUCAUACAUCUCAUCCACAUGUCAUGCCUGAUGGAACAGUUUUCAACCUUGGACUUUCAGUUUCAUUAACUGGGCCAAAAUAUAAAAUUUUUAGUUUAAAAAAGGGUGAAAAAUGUUUUGAGAAUGCAGAAAUUGUUGCUGAAGUUCCAGUUCGAUGGAAGUUCAACCCUGGCUACAUGCACACAUUUGGAGUAACUGAAAACUUCUUCAUUGUUGUCGAGCAACCUUUAAAAAUGUCUGUUGCUGUUAAAAUUAAAACAGCUUUCACAAAGGCAACAGUUUGUGAAUUGAUGAAGUGGUCACCAAAAGAAAAUUGUCGAUUUUGUGUAGUGAACAGAACUACAGGAAAAGUUGAGUACGAAUUUGAAUCAGAAGCUUUCCCCUAUUUCCACAUCAUCAACCAGUACGAAAAAGAUAAUCACAUUGUCAUCGAUAUUUGCUGCUUAUCUGAUUCCUCUGUGUUGAACCAACUGUAUUUAGAGAGCAUUAAAGAAUUGGAAAAGGAAUCUGACUUGCUUAAAAUAACUUUAGCAAAACCUUUUCGAUUUGUCUUGCCUUUGUGUAAUGUGAAAAGUUUGACAUGUUCAGAAAACGAAAAUCUCGUAACGUUGCCGAACACAAAAGCUUCAGCUUAUCUGAAGUUGUCGAAUGGAAAUGUCUUCUGUGUCCCAGAACUUUUAAGUGAGUCAAGGUGUGAACUUCCAAGAAUAAAUUAUGAGAACUAUUUAGGCAGAGAAUACAAAUUCGUGUAUGGGGUCAGUUUCGAGAAGGAUAAUUCAAAUUCACUGAUCAAGAUUGAUGUCGUCAAUAAAACUUCAAUCUUAUGGACUGAAUCCAACUGUUAUCCAAGUGAACCAAUUUUUGUUCCGUCACCCAACGCUAAAUCUGAAGAUGAUGGAAUUUUACUUGCUGCAUUAUUAUGGGGUGGAAAUGACGAAAAGCGCGUUGGUUUACUCGUCUUGAAUGCUGUCACAAUGAAGGAAUUGGGACGAUGUGAAUUCAGCAACCUUCCGUCUCCUGCUCCCAAAUGUUUUCAUGGAUGGUUUGCGAACUCAGUUUAA